CUAUUUCUUCUUGGAAUGACAAUGGACAAAUGCAGUUUGUCCAAGAUCCUUAUGCUCUUUACCGCUCAGAUUUUUUUCCCGGUCUUGGAUGGAUGCUUUCAAAAUCUACUUGGGACGAAUUAUCUCCAAAGUGGCCAAAGGCUUACUGGGACGACUGGCUAAGACUCAAAGAGAAUCACAGAGGUCGACAAUUUAUUCGCCCAGAAGUUUGCAGAACAUAUAAUUUUGGUGAGCAUGGUUCUAGUUUGGGGCAGUUUUUCAAGCAGUAUCUUGAGCCAAUUAAACUAAAUGAUGUCCAGGUUGAUUGGAAGUCAAUGGACCUUAGUUACCUUUUGGAGGACAAUUACGUGAAACACUUUGGUGACUUGGUUAAAAAGGCUAAGCCCAUCCAUGGAGCUGAUGCUGUCUUGAAAGCAUUUAACAUAGAUGGUGAUGUGCGUAUUCAGUACAGAGAUCAACUAGACUUUGAAAAUAUCGCACGGCAAUUUGGCAUUUUUGAAGAAUGGAAGGAUGGUGUACCACGUGCAGCAUAUAAAGGAAUAGUAGUUUUCCGGUACCAAACGUCCAGACGUGUAUUCCUUGUUGGCCAUGAUUCGCUUCAACAACUCGGAAUUGAAGAUACUUAACAAAGAUAUGAUUG